CCCUGCUCCAUGUUGUUCUGUUUUUGUUUUGUUUGUUUCAUAAACCGUCCCCUAAUGGAAAAUAGCUAGUAGCUGCCGGGCAUGGUCUGGAAAAGCCGUUGGGCGUGCCAGCUAGACCCAACGCCCAUGUUGAUCCUCGGAACACUCAGCCGCUCUCUGGAUCAACAAUCUGCCUCAAAUGGCCCGAGUUCUACUGGCAAGACAGGACAUUUGGCGCUGUUGGCAGUGAAGCAGCAGCGCACCUCGAUGCCACCACAGCAGGCCGGCCACAUGCAUAUUUGGGCACAUGCUGGCAACAGCCCCUUCUCUUUGCUCCUCAAGUCAUGCUUGUGCAUCUUAUUCCAUGCACCACGCUCUCCAUUCCAACUAUACAGGCCUAUGACCAGUCCUUCAGCCCUGUGCUGCUUGUUUUUAUCCAUCUACACGUUCACAACGCAGUCGAGCAAGAGUGUCCUUCAUCCACUGAUGCCGUGUCUCCAGGCAGAGGCAUACAUGGAUAUCCAUUCUCCACUCUGAUAAUCUAGCUCCCGAGAUGAGUGUGGUAGUCUCGUUGAAUACGCUGUCCCUUGAUCUUGAACCUACAGAAGACAGCUAAAAACGAAAUGCUAAUACCCGCUGGUUCUUGAUGCGAGGAAAGGCCUAUUAAAGUGGAUAGGGCGCACACACAUGUUUGUCACAGCAUGAUAAAGCUUUUGGCGGGAUUUUAGUAGAAACAAGACACUGAGAUGUAAACAGAAAAUACAGAUGUUUUGAGAA